CCAAGACAGCAGAGGCACAUUUCGGCAGCAGCAGUAGCAGCAGCAACAACUCACCCAACCAUGAACACCCUGAUCGUCCUUAGCGCCAUCCUGGCCGUCGCCGUGGCUAAGCCCGGCUACCUGGGCGCCGCCCCCGCCGCAGUCGUCGCCCCCGCGGCCUACGCCGCCCCCGCGGUGGUGGCCGCCCCCGUGCACGCCGGCUACGCCGCCUACGGCCCCGCCCCCGUCGCCGUCCGCUCCGACGGCUACCUGGCUGACACCCCUGACGUCGCCGUCACCAAAGCCGCCCACCUGACCGCCGUCGCCCAGACGCAGGCCCGUGACGCCGUCGUCAACGGCGCCGCCGCCCUGGCAGCCCACGCCGCCCACGCCUACGCCGCCCACGCUUACGCCGCCCCCGCUGUAGCGUACGCAGCUCCCGCUCCCGUGGCUUACGCCGCCCCCGCUGCCUACGCCGCCCCCGCUGCCUACGCCGCCCCUGGCGCUCUCGCCGCUGCUGCCCACCUCCACGCUAAGGCUGCUCUGCUGGGCUGAAAUGUCAUCCUGCACAACGUUCCUUUGUGAAUAAUGUAUAUAUUAUUCAACAUUAAUAAUAAACUAUGGCAAUGAAA